UUUGAAAUAAAAAGCAUUAAACCCACAAAACUACGUAGUUUUGGCUUUAUGUUUAAGUCAAAGUAGUGGACCACUUCACCCUAAAUUCUUUGAAGUUGAAACUCUUAAACUUCUGAACCCACUAAGUCUCGCUUUAUCAGUUUGCCGCUUUCUAGGUAAUGCCGCGCUCCUCAUUUUCUCUUUCCCCGCACAGCCGUGAAUCUUCUGCCGACCGGACCUCUUCCUCACGCUUCUAUUUUCGUCAUUUAAGAUUCUUGACAUGGUGAAGGAUAAACGUAAGUUAUUGAAAGCAAGUGGUUCUAAAGGUAGUUCUCGAUCUGAGCAACAAAAACAAAAGCAGAUAUCAUCACAAUCUGAAGUGCCACCUCCUCCAAAACGAUCAGCACUAGUUCCAAGCUGGUCUCGACAAUCUGCUAAUUCUCUUCCACAACCUCAUAAUCAUCAUAGUGAAGAGGACACAGAUUCUGCAUAUAGUGAAGAAUCUUCAGAUUCUAGUGAAACAGAUGGUGAAUCUGACAUAGAUCCGACAGCUUCCAUGGAUGAAGUAGAGCAAGAAAGUCAUGAGGAGCCUUCUUCUCCAAUUGAAAGUGCUGGGCAUUCGAAUGCAGCUUCUGCUACACAUGAACAAGUUGGUAAAGAGCCUAAAGAAAGAUUUGUGAGGAGGGAAACAAGGUGCUUGACGAUUGUGGGAAGAGGUGUCAAUGAACGCCCAACCAUCAUACUAAAUGAUAAAAAUCAACCCAUCGGUCCUGAAAAAGAAGUUGCACAUUUAAGUUCUUACUUAGGCAUAUUAGCUCGAAAUGCCCAUCUACUUCCUCUUACUAACAAGACUUGGCAUGCAGUGAAGAAGGAUAAAAGAAAAGAAUUAUGGGAUAUUGUCAAUAAAAAGUUCAUUAUUGACGAAGCUGGAAAGAGAUGGGUAUUUGCUACCAUUGGUGCUGCUUGGCGAAUUUGGAAAAGUCGCUUGAAGGCAAAACAUUUUAAGACUCAUACUAGAAGAUCAGCUUGCUUAAAAGACCGCCCUGAUAAAGUACCCAAGGAACAAUGGACAAAACUUGUAAAAAGAUGGAGUUCUCAAAAGGCAAAGCUUGCAAGUGAGAGGAAUACGAAAAAUAGAAUGAAACAAAAGUACACUCAUACCAUGGGUUCGAAGAGCUUUGCUCGAGUGCGAGAAGAGGAGAAAAAGAAAAGACCAAAUGAGGACGAACCAUCAGAUGUGGAUAUGUUUGUCUUAACUAGAAAAAGGAAAGAUGGGACACUAAGACUCGACGAGCAAACAAGAGUUGAACUAGAACAAUUGUCAUCCCAAUCACUGGAUACACCAGAAAGUAGUUUGGCUAGAGAGAACUUUAUGAAGAAAGUUUUUAAAGACCAUCCAGGACGUGCACCCCUUUAUGGAAAAGGUGUCGCCCCUUCAGAUUUGAAAAGAAAAUGGAGUUGUGGUGUACCUAAUGAAAUUCUUGAAAAUAUAGCUGCUAGAGAGAAAAGGGCAAUUCAAGUGGAGGAGAAGUGUGAGGCUAUGUUGGCUGGAUUUCAAGCUUUGGUAGCACAAUUGAAACGAGAAUAUCCUAAUGUAGAAAUUCCUCCUGAAAUGCUUUCACCUUUAUCAGUUAAUCGUGAAUCACCUACUGACAUAGGAAAUGCUCCUCUGGUUAAUAGGCAGCGGUCAUCUGCAAAUACAAAUAGUCUUGAGCAGGUUGAAGAAGAAAAUGAUGAGGAUGAAAGAGAUGAUGUCUAGAAAGCUAUCAACGUGGAAAAGCUGUUUACUCUUUUUAUAAUUCAGAUGGUAUUUUGAACGAUCAUUUCAAUUAUGCUAAAUAUAUUUUCAUUAUGGUAGUUAAAUGACUAUUUGAGAUACUAUUGAAAUACUUCUGGUAGUAAUGAAUAUUUGAGAUGAUGACUUUGUUAAUGACC